AUGCCACCACCACCUGUCCGUUAUGGGUAUGUGACUGAUUCUGUAGAGAAUGUCUAUGCUUACUCCCGAGGCGGCUAUCACCCAAUUCGCAUCGACGACCGGCUUGGCGAACGUUAUCGAGUAGUGCACAAGCUGGGACAAGGCGGCUACUCCACCGUUUGGCUUGCUUUCGACGAAAAGACAACAAAAUAUGUCGCUGUCAAAGUAGGCAUCGCGGGCGCGAACGAGAGUGGCUCCGCGGAGCAGAAAGCCUUGCUCAACGAGACUGAUACUCUCACUGAAAUCGCACGGAGCCAUGUAGGCUGCAGCACCUGGGCAGACAGCUUAUCGACAAUUCCCACCGUUCUUGAUCGAUUCGAGGUCAGCGGGCCCAAUGGCACUCAUAAAUGCCUCGUGACCCUUCCGGCACGAUGCAGCUUGAGGGACGCCGUGGAGGGAGGUAACGGCUUAUUUCAGCUUAAUGUUGCCAGAUCUCUUGCUGCGCAACUAGUCAUGGCCGUGUCCAUCAUCCACAGUAGAGGCUAUGCCCAUGGUGAUCUUCAUCUGAGCAAUCUUCUCCUACAGUUUUCCUCGCACCUUGACCAAUUAUCAAUAGAGCAACUAUACGAACGGUAUGGAGAGCCGAGCAAAGAGCCCCUACUUUGUGAGGACACCAAGGCACCAUCAACAGACCCUGGCGUUCCCCCUUACACGGUGAUUCCAGUAUGGUUAGGCAUACCAAGCGAGGAACUAACAUUGGGCGAGGCAAAGUUGAUGCUAAGCGAUUUCGGAGUUGCCUUCAAGCCAAGCGACAAGUCUCGUUUCAAGUCAUACACACCCCUUAUCGUCCGCCCGCCAGAGGCGUUUUUCGAGCCAAAAACACCCCUCACUCUUGCCUCUGACAUUUGGAGCCUGGGGUGUGUGAUUUUUGAGCUUGUCGCCCAUAGGUCGCUCAUCGACGGGAACUGGUUUGCGCAGCAGGAUGACAUUACGGCGCAGCAGGUAGAACUACAGGGUCCCAUGCCACCUGGGUGGUGGGCGGCAUGGGAGGAGCGGCCGAAGUGGUAUGAUGAUGCAGGCAGGCCUUUGGGCAAUGAGCGUGACCUCUGGCCAUGGGAACGAAGGUUCGAGGAGUGGGUGCAGGACCCACGACGGAGAUGCAAAAUGGAACCGCUUAGUGAAGAGGAGCGGGAUGCGCUGUUUAAGUUGCUGCAUAGGAUGCUGGCAUGGAGGCCAAGCGAGCGACCGGACGUGACAGAGGUGCUGAAAUCAGACUGGAUGACAAAGUGGGCUUUGCCCGCAUAUCAGAAAGGCUUGGAUGGGGGUUUGCCUCGGCCAAACUAG